GUGGCGGUGCUCGUGAUGCCGUGGAAGGCGGUGGCGGAGGUGGCCGGCUUCUGGCCGUUCGGCGCGUUCUGCAGCUUCUGGGUGGCAUUUGACAUCAUGUGCUCCACCGCGUCCAUCCUCAACCUGUGCGUCAUCAGCGUGGACCGGUACUGGGCGAUCAGCAGCCCGUUCCGCUACGAGCGCAAGAUGACCCCGCGCGUGGCCUUCGUGAUGAUCGGCGCGGCGUGGACGCUGUCCGUGGUCAUCUCGUUCAUCCCGGUGCAGCUGGAGUGGCACAAAUCCGCCGCGCAGACGAACGCGUCCGGCACCGAGAACUGCGACUCGAGUUUGAACCGGGAGUAUGCCAUCUCCUCGUCGCUCAUCAGCUUCUACAUUCCCGUGGCGAUCAUGAUCGUCACCUACACGCGGAUCUACCGCAUCGCGCAGAUCCAGAUCCGGAGGAUCGCGUCGCUGGAACGCGCGGCCGAGCACGCGCAGAGCUGCAGGACGAGCCGGCUCGCGUACCGGCACCACAGCAGCCUGAAGAACUCCUUCAACCGCGAGACCAAAGUUCUGAAGACGCUGUCCGUCAUCAUGGGCGUGUUCGUGUGCUGUUGGCUGCCGUUCUUCAUCCUCAACUGCACGGUUCCGUUCUGCGACAAGCCGGGCUCGGGUCUGCCGUGCGUCAGCGAGACCACCUUCGACGUGUUCGUGUGGUUUGGCUGGACCAACUCCUCUCUGAACCCCGUCAUCUACGCGUUUAACGUGGACUUCCGCAAGAGCUUCGCCUGUCUGUUGGGUUGUCGGAACCGCUGCGCGAGCACUCCGGUGGAGACGGUGAACAUCAGCAAUGAGCUCGUGUCUUACAACCAGGACACGCUGCUUCAUAAAGAGCUCGUGAACGCGUACGUCAACAUCAUCCCGAACGUGGUGGAGUGCAUGGACCCCGAGGAGGACGCGUUGGACCGGAUCUCGCAGCUGUCACGGAAUGAUUCGGUCUGUGAGGCGGAUAUCCGUGUGGACACACUCACACACGUCACGCCGAACGGAACUUGUGCUUUAGGAGGAACUUGAGGAACUCUUUCAUUUCUAACAGUCAUAACAAUGUCAAAACUCCCUGGAGGAUGAGUGCACUUUGACCUUUAGGAGGGGCAAUAAGAUGGUUUUGAGGGGUGGUAGGGGCAUCAGAGGUGUAGAGGGCAAUGCCCCCAUAGUGUCGCAGUGUGUCGGGUGUAAUUCGUUACUGUAAUCGAAUGACUUUUUAGUCAAAAAGUAGUGUAAUGCAUUACAUUGUAACUGAUUGUAAUCUGAUUACAGUUACUGAUUACAUUAUAUGAAUUAUGGCCCCGUAACGAGUCGAAGCUGAACGCUUGAAAUAUUGACAGAAAAGUGCUUUAGAAAGUCACUUAAGAGUAAAGUAAUCUGAUUACAAAAUUGGUUAUUUGUAUUGGAUUAUUAUUUGAAGUAACUCGCCCAACACUGAUCACAGUUAGUGCCUAAAACCCCUGAACGAGGGACAUCACGUCAGACUGAUGUGGCGAGUUCAGCUCAAUCCACAGCGCUUGUGCUUAAUGAUCACAACAAACAUUAUAUAGACGUUGUUUAUUUUUGUUUACAAACGUGUUCCAGUGAGACACUUACAAUGCAAGUCAAUGGGGUUUAAUCUGUUUCAGAAGUAUAGGCACAAAACAUAAACAAUAUGUGUGUUAACAUGAUUUUACUGCCAUUAAAUCACUCACUACAUCUGUGUAGUUAUAGACAAUUAUACAUUAAAAUGAUAUUAAAUUAUAAGCGUCACAUGUCUGUAUUUAAACCCCCAUUGACUUCCAUUGGACGUGUCUCACUGCAACACAUUUAAAGAAAAGGAGGAACCAGAAUUUAAUUUGCUAAUUAAUAAUUGUGCUAAUCAACAUUGUGACACAAAUGCUGUCGAUUGAUCUUCGCUUGUGUUUAAUCCGGAAUAUUCCUUUAAUAAUUGGAUGAUUAUUUGUGCAGUAUGUUAUUGUUUAUUAAAGGUUCAGAUAUUCUGUUCUGAGGUCAGUCGGUGUGCGGUUCACUGUGACUGCAGACGCACGUCUGAAACUACACAACAUCCUUUUCUGACACAAUUUACUGGACAAGCAGAAGGACACGAGAUCAUAAUGACAUCUGUGUUUAACCCAAGAGAUGCUGGUGAGUGAACGGGACUCAGAGGAACACAUCGGCAACAUUUCUCUUGUUUAAAGCACAAACAUCAUUAUAUUUUAUAUUUACUCUGAAAACAAGAAAGAAAUCUAAUUUUAAAGUCGGGAAAUGA